UGCUACAAGCAUGCACGUGGGUAGUUGGUGCACGGUUGUUGGUUAGAGAUUGUUAUCGUAAAUUUCAAGUCUCCGUAUGUAAUUUUUAUUCUUAAUAACAUUCACUUUUAUAGAUCUGUAUAUUGAAAUGGAUGACAAAGGACGGUGUUUGGAACACCUGUCACAACAAGUUGAACGCCUAACUCUGGUUGAAGUUCAGAGGUUAUUUCUGUCUGGAGAUGUGGAAGCAGGAGCCCGAUUGCUAUCACAGUGGGAAGACUACAUUGAAAUAUCCAAAAUUAGUUUGACUCCAGAAAAACAAGAGACCUUGUCCUCAACAAUUAAACUGUAUAGUAGAAGAUUGGAAGCAUUACAGAAUGUCCUAACCGCCCUUCCUAGGCAAAAAUGUGUAGAGAUUCUUCUAGGAAAGUUAAGUGCUUUGGAAACUCGAUUUGCGACAGCCAAAACAGGUGUUAGAGGAGGAACAUUUGAAUGGGUUGAUAGUAUACUUGUAAAGUGUCUUCGAGAAGGUUCAUGGCUUGUGAUAGAGAAUGUCAAUCUCUGCAGUCCAGCGGUGUUGGACAGACUGAACGGACUCCUGGAGCCAGGAGGAGAGCUGAUCAUGGGGGAGAGGGGAGUAGAGUCUGAUGGACGACUUGUCACUGUCAAACCUCACCCGGACUUCCGGCUCUUCCUGGUCAUGGAUCCUCACCUGGGGGAGAUAUCACGAGCCAUGCGGAACAGGGGAGUUGAAGUAUGUCUGCUAGAUUUUGAAGAAAAACCUCUUCAGUUUAUGGACUUACAGGCAAUUUUGAACCAUAUUGGUAUUUGUGAAUAUAACAACCAAAAAGUUUUGAUCAACAUUUAUGAAAAAAUGAAAGAGCUAAACAUUGGUUUUGAAAACAUAACUAUAAAUCACCUUUUCCAAGCUGUAUCACUCACUGUUCAACAAGCCUCACGUGGACAUCCAUUUUCAGCUUCCCUCCAUUCUGCAUGUUCUGACGUGUACAUCAAGGGUCGUCAGUUGACUUUGGAGCAGAAAGAGAGAUGUAGUCGUUUGUUUGGUGAAAUAUUUUCAGAGCAAGGUUGGUUGUUGGACACAACAGAUGUGGACACAAGAGAUGCCCUGGAUACAAAUAGCUGUACUCUAGGAACACUUGCCCUGCAAGAGAAUUCAGCUCUAGUUCAAAUUGGGCAGAAAUGUGCACUACUAGCAGCUGCAUCCAAACUGGUGGAAGGAUCACAGAAUAUUUCACUAAGGGACUUACUUAAGGAAGAUUCUAUUGGAUGUGAAAUGGUCCUUGAUAAACUCAUUUCAGAUGUUCUCCCAAAUAUUUUGCUAACCCUUCUGUGUUCUCUAUCACAAUCGGAUGUUCAUCACAGAAGAAAUUUCAUCGUGUCGAUCAUCAAUUCCUUUAAGGAUUCUGAGCUAAGGAACAAACUGUUGGAACUAGAGAAGUAUCUGAUUUCUACAAUUCAAAUGGCUAUUAAAAGCAACAAACUCAAUAGUGUUGAUGGGGUUCAAAGGAAAGAUCUAAGUUGGGAUUUGAGAAGGCUCUCUUCUUGGAUGGUUCAGCCCUCGACCUGUGAUUAUGAAAAUAAAACUGUUGCCCUAAUGUUUUAUUUUACACAGCUAUUACAGCUCAAUGUAAAGCUGGGAGAAAUCAAAACUAAAAGUGUGAAAAACAUGUCUGCUGUCGAUUUCUCUACAGCUUACAACAAAGGGAAAGUGACAGUUGCCAGUGUGAACUCUAAACUGGUGUUGGAUCUCAGUGUGUUCUUAGAGGCUGUGGAAGAUCAGAUCCACUCACUACAGGAGGCUGUGGCAACCCUGGAUGAGGAACAGUGUUGCCAACUGAUCGCAGCCUUCCACUGGAGCCACCGCCUACUGCGAGUUGGUCAGCACAAGUUGUUCAUGGCUGGGAGCAGGGAGAUGGAAGUAUCGGAGGAGCUGACCAAGCUGCUUAGCCUUCACAUUAACUGGGUCAAGAAAUGGCUGCUUCCUUUGUUGACCAGACUUCUGAAACAUUCUAAAAAGAAGACGGUAGGGAAGUCUCUCUUGCAGCUGUCAGAAAUGUGCUCAGAAGUGUCUCUGGAGUAUCCGAUCCAGUCCUUGAGCAAGAGAGUGAGGGGUUGUCUAGGUCAGCCAUUACCUCUGUACACCAGGCUGCAAGGGGAACUCUCGGAAAUCAUUAUCAGAUUAGAAAAAUUGAUAGAUCUUGCAAAUCCUGAACAUCAGAUGGAGCUAGUGUGUAGAAGAGUGAAUUUUCUGCUGUCACCAGAAGGAAAACUUAUGAGAUCAAAGUUGGCAGAGUCAUUUAAAUUGCUCUCUGAAACUGAUUCUUUAGAAAGAGUUUUGGAGCCGCUGAAAAAUCUGGAACAAACAUUACCGGUUGCAAAGCUGACCAGUACUCUCACCAAAGAGGAGGUGGAAGACUCAGCCAGAGCUUGGAGUCGGGACAUACCACUGUGGGCUGUGAAGGGAGUUGUGUGCCUGCGACUGAUGGCAGCUGCGUGUAACUCCCAGUGUGAGCAACUGGCGUGGAGUGCACGAGCAUGGGCUCAGGAGGUACCACUGGUACCACCCACUGUGCUGGCCGUACUAGAUACUCUUGCUGACUGUCGGAUGUCUGGUGUUACGCAGCUGACCAUGCAACUGACACUGUCACCAGUGGUCACAAGUCCGAGGGUAUGGCUGACGUGGGGAGAGAGACAGGCAGCGGAGGCAAAGGAAUUUGAAAACAACUUCAAACAUCACAAGAGUCAAGAAGAGGAGUGUUCUUUGCAGAACCCUCUAAUGGCUUUAUUUACAACAGCUAUUCUGUACCCUCAUUGUCACGACAGUAUAGACCAUGGACUGGUCACUCCCUCUCUCCGCAAUCAUGAGAACCAGACCUCACUUCUGGCUGCACUUACUGAGACAAUCUGGAUCACUGCCCCUGGCCUUGCUCUUUCUAAGCUAAACUACAGAGAGAAUGAAGCAGAGCGAGUAGAAAACUCUUACAAGCAAUUUUUACGUGUUAUGGAAUCAGCUGUUGAAUCCAAAUGUUUGAAAACAGAACUCUCUGACCAUGAGAGGAGCACCUUGGUUCUGUUUGGGGAGCUUAUUAGAACAAAGAAAAUGUCCGACAACUUCCACAAUAAGAGUUUGAAGGGAAUGGGGAGACUACUGCAAGACAUGGCAAGAUAUAUAGAAACACUGGAGAGAGCGCUGGCCGAAUUGCGUUCAAAUCUAACGGUGAAUGCAGGUUGGCUGUGGAUCGGGAUGGUAUGGACCCAGCUGGGUUUGCUGCAGCUGGCUCUGUUUGCCCACCAACACCAUGUCGAUCCUGUGCAAAAGAAAUCACUGAAAGUGCAGUAUUGCCAAGAAGAGCGUGAAGAGUUAGAACGCAGCCUGGCUGUAGAACAUGUACAAGGUCUGAUCCUCGGUAGCUACCACUUCCCUCUGGCAGACGCGUUCACCAGGCGGGUGGAUCUGCUGAAAGCCAAAGAGGAAACCCUGAAGAAGUACGUGGCUGAACGUCCAACACCUAAUGUCUACACAAAAGUGUACAAUGAAAUCCAACAACUAGUGGCUGUGAUGUUGAGCCCAUCUCGGCGGGUGGAGACAGUGGCAGCUUUGCUCUGUGAGUUUGUGACUGGAAAUAGUGAGAAGGAUCAUCAUCAGGCAGUGAGUCAGACCCAGUUGUGCCGAACCUCACUGCUCAGGUCAGCGGAGAGUCUUGUCAAACAUUAUGGCACCUGGUAUCCAGAUGUUGUUGUGCCAGUUGUCUCUGCUAUCUCUCAGAUGAGCCACGGACUGUCACUAAUGAUCGGGGCUGCAAGGUGCCACAGUACCAGCAGGAAAGUUGACGUGGAGCCUCUACUGAAGUCAUUUGUCCGCUUCCCUGUGCCUGAUUGUUGUGCUGCUAUGGAAUUGGUGGACAUCUGUACCUCAACGCAGACCUUGGACCUAAUCCAUGAAACCGUCAAAGCCAAAGUUAAAGAAGGGGAGACACCCAAUAAUGAAACAUUUAGGUUGGCCAAGUGUAGUCUGCAGGAGUUGCGUAACGUGGUGAGUGUCCGAGGACGGCUGGAUGGAAAAGAUGAUUGGGCUAUCAUCUGUCGGAUACUGGACUGUAUGGUGGUGGCCUGGCAACGGCAGGAGCAAGCCAGAGCGCAGAAAGAACAGGAAGAGAACAACUACUUCAUCAACAAGGCAAGGAAGACAGAAAACUUGACUGAAGAAGAAGAAGAAGAUGCUAUUGAAAUGAGAAAAGUGUUUCCUUCCUACAGAGACAAAGAUUUUGCAGAUCUUGAACCGCCAUCUUUGGAACAAAAGAAAGUUCUCCCUGAUGGUCUUGAUACCAUUCAGAACUCGUCACUUAAAUUGACAGAAGAAAAUAUUGUAGAAAUUCACAAAGUUCAUUCUGCGAUCGUAAUUAACAACACAAAAGCUCACUGGAUUACCCAAGGAGAAACAGAACCUGCAGACUUUGGCUCACCAUUUACAGAUCGGUUUGCCAUGUUCUCGUUGCUGGUGAACUCUCUGUACUCAGGGUGUACUGGUGAGCUGGACUCUGAGGUGGCUCCUGCUUUGUGUCUGGGUGUGCACCUAGCCAACAGUCAAGGAUCAUCGGACGUGCAGAGUAAAAGGAAGCACUAUGAUUUCUACCAUGAUCCUAAUCCGAAGGAAGUCAGAUUAUGUGUUCCUAUUCUUGAGAGUGUGACAAAACGUGUGAUGGAACUGCUUGUUGAGUGGCCUGACCACCCAACCCUCAAUCAGAUAAUAUUAGUGAUCAAUCGCAUUAUGGACUUCCCAUCUCUGAGUCCUGUGUCACGAUUCUUAACGGGACUGGAGCUGUUGUUAACCAAAUUGAAAGAGUGGGAGGAGAACGCGCAUGCGGGAGUAACUCUGGGCCCUCACGCGGCUGCUGUCACCAGACAGGUCCUGGACUGGCGCAAGCUAGAACUCGCCGAAUGGAGAGGCUGUCUCGAGUCUGCUCGGCUCAGGUUGUGUGAGGGCGUGGUGAGCAAGUGGUGGUUCCACUUGUACAGUCUGGUACGCGAGGAAAGUGGUGAUGCCAGUCAGCUGGCCUCGGCACUGGAACAGUUCAUGGAGUCUAGCAACAUGGCUGAGUAUCAGACAAGACUGGACCUGCUUUACACCUUCCACUGUCAUUGCGUCAACAGCAGACAGAAAGUCCAAGGCAGAGUGUUGUGGAAUGUUCAUCAAUACUACUUCCAGUUCAGUCGAGUGAUCAGUUUGCGAGUCAAGGAACUGAGUCAGUCGGUGGAGAAGAAGCUGCGAGAUUUUGUCAAGAUAGCUCGGUGGAACGACAUCAACUACUGGGCAGUCAAGGAAACCGUAGACAGGACUCACCGUACGCUCUUCAAGUAUAUACGGGAGUACGAGGGUAUACUGAAGCAGCCAGCCCGAAGUGCUAUGACCAGAGUGAUACCAGUGAAACCAGCAACUACCCCGAUUCACAACCCUGCUCUAUAUGUGGCUCCGGCCGAUCUUCCUGAGGAGCUGUGUAAGCCGGAUGGUGCUGAGGUCCGGUCUACUGAUAGUUUACUGGGCCGGGAGCGUUCUCUGUACAGCAGAGUUCGUAAACUGUGUAGAGUAGUGUGGCCAGUUGUCCCCUGCCUCGCCACAUACGUGCUCUGCACCAGAUUGUUGAAGGACGAGCUGUGUAAGCCGGAUGGUGCUGAGGUCCGGUCUACUGAUAGUUUACUGGGCCGGGAACGUUCUCUGUACAGCAGAGCUCGUAAACUGUGUAGAGGGAGUGUGGCCAGUUGUCCCCUGCCUCGCCACAUAUCUGCUUUGCACCAGAUUGUUGAAGAAUUGCAAGAAAUAUCUGAACUUCUUUGUACUGAAGAUGUGGACCGCACUGUGAGCAAAGAGAAGCAGAAGGCGGCUGCUCGCAGUGUGCUCCAUCGUAAGCGCAAGGCUCUCACUGACCUGUUCCACACCCUGACUGGUCUGGGACUGUCGUAUCGUGCAGGACUGGUGGUGGUCGAUGACAGGGACCAGUUCGCUCUCCACGCCCCCCUCAAUGUGGAUGCUGGACUCACUCAGAUUGAUAACAGGUUAGCAGACAGAGAGCUGUCAGCGGUGUGGGCAGGGUGUGACCAACACUUCCUACAUUCUGUGGCACUUGUAGCUCAGCUGCGGUCAGCAUUCAUCAAACCUCACAAGGAUCUAGGACCUCCUGUUGUGGACAGAUGCAAGGGGUUCACUAACCAUCUCAUGUCUCUGUGUCAUGAUCAGAAGAGAAAUGUUGGAUCUUCAGUUGUGUCACUCUACGUACUGAGAUGUCUGGUACAGUGUCUUAUGUCCCUACAACCUCCUCAAGCAGAUAUGAUAAAGCUGAAGAAUGACCUAAUGUCAUUAUUGGAGGACAUCAUCUAUGGUCUGGUGCAGUUUGAGGUACUAUUGGAGACUUGCCCUGUGUUGCCAAAUGUAGAGCACUUGACACCUCUGGUGCUGAUACCAGACUCUGCUGACGUCAUCUACAAGGAAGAUGACAAAUGGGGAAGAGCCAAGCUCAGAGUGUCGGCAGCUGUGAAAACUGCCAAGAAGUGCAAAAAGCUGUUGGAAGAAAAGGAGAAGUAUGCACAGUUCUUGGAAACUAUCACCAAUACUGAUGAACACAAAACUUUUGACUUCAUCUUCAAACAUGGAAAUCUACCUGUGUUGAAAGAAGGGUAUGCGAGUUUGACUUCCAUCAAGAAUGAAAUCAAAGGUAUCCAAUCCGAUUUCAGAAUGAAGACUGAAAAUGAUAUUAAUCCAAUGGUUCGCAGCUUAAACCAUCUUCAAGAGAAAAUUGAUGAGAUCUUUAGAAACAAUAUGUCGCUCUUAGAAACAUCCGAAGACGAAGUUAAGACUGACCCGAAAGUCGUACUUAAAAACAAAGAAAGUUCGAUAGAGUCUCUGUUAAACAAAGUUCUCUUUUCAAUACAGGAAGUGUACAAGAAGAACACCCUUACUAAAAACGAGAAUGAUGUUGAGAAUCCUGAAGAAGAGAGUGAGAAUAAGCUCUUUGAGUCUCAUCUAAAAGAUAAAGUUAUCUCUGAGUUACAACGCAACAUUGAAAUCUUACAGCUUCCAGAAGUUAUCAGAGAGUUGAAACAUCUUAUGGAAAACUACAAUCAGGAACAAUGCACUCUUAAUGAUGUCCAGAGAUGUAUACCACUACUGCAGCAGUACAGUCUCCUGGCCCAGUUCCUUAUCACCCAGCAGAUCUCAGCUCUCCACAUCUCUUCCCAGCUCUGCUCUGCACUGGUCGCUGUUUUUGUGGAUCUUGCCAGCAAGGGUUUCCGAGUACCAGAGGAACUAUUGGAGGAGGAAGGAGAGGGAGGGGAAACAACAUCCGGGGGCCUGGGGAUGGGAGAAGGGGAGGGAGAGAAGGAUGUGUCAGAUCAGAUCGAAAGUCAGGACCAGCUGGAGGAUGCUAAGAAACCUGGGGAUGAGAAAGAUGAUGAAGACAAGGAUUGCAAGGAAGAAGAAAAAGGCAUUGAGAUGUCUGAUGAUUUUGGCGGAAAACUUCAAGACAUGGAGAAAAAAGAAGAUGAGGAUGGAAGUGGGGAAGAAAGUGGAGAAGAAGAAGAAGAACCAGACAAGGAGAUGGGAGAUACAGAGAAAGGAGCUGAAACUUUGGAUCAGCAGAUUUGGGAUGGAAGUGACUCUGAAGAUGAGGAAGGUGAAGGAGACAAGGAGGAGGAGCAAGGUGACAGAGGUGAACAGACUGGAGAGAAAGAGAUGGGUGCUAAAGAUGACGGCAAGGUGCCUCAAGCUGAAGAGGACGACAAGCAAGGAGUAGAGGAAAAAGAUAAGAAGAAAGAAAUUAACGAAAUGGAAGAACCGGAUGUGGAUGAUGAUCAAAUCGACCCGUACCACGGUAAUAACAAACCACCACCCGAGCCAGAACCUAUGGACCUCCCUGAUGAUCUACAGUUGGAUGAUGGAAAUGGAAAUGACAAGGAUGAAGAAGGAGAAGAAGAAAACCCGUUCGAUAUAGAUGCAAUGAAAGAACCCAAGCUCCCUGAAGAGGAGGAAGGAAUCCCAGAAGACAAACCGGAACAGGCUGAGAAGGACAAGGAAGAGAGUCCAGAGACAGACAGUAGUGAUGAAGAGGGUGAGGAACAGAGGGAGGGCAAUGAUGUAGACGAGAUGGAGGUUGAUGAAACCAACAAGGAAGAGGAUGCUCUGCCACCUGAUGAUGGUGGGGCUAAAGACGAGGAUAAAACAGGUGAGGAAGAAAAAAUGGAAGAAGAGAAUGAAGAAAAUAAAGAAAAAGAAGAUGCCAAACCUUCUGAAGAUCAACCAGCUUCACAACCUGUUCCCAGUUCACACCAGGACUCAGGUUCCAAAGAUCAGGUGGAACAUCCAGAGGCAGGGGAUGAGUCAAAGGAGCUAAAUCCAGAGGAGAGCACGGCCGACGGUCGUGACCAGCAGGGGGUGGGGGCAGCUCAGAUACAACAGCAGGAGACCCAGCAAGGAGGGCGGGGUGAGAGCCAGCAGGCAGUCCAGGCCCAGAGCCGGGAUAUCAGAGAGGAGAAGCGGGAGAGACCAGGCGAGAGUGAGGAGCAGAGAGCGCUGGGUGAUGUACAAGAACCCGUGAAAAAGAAACUGAAAACUAUAAACAUGGAGAAGGAGAAUGAAAUGCCUCAAGAGCAAAGGGACGAGGAGGGCGUGCAAGAGGAUCAGAGUGCUGACAUGUACCAACACAUCAAGGAAGCCAAGGAGUCCAAAUUUGAUGCUCACACACUUGAUGCUGCAACUGAGGAACAAGCAGCCGAGCAAAAUGUGCCAAAUAAAGAAGAUGAGACAGGUGAAGAUGUCAAGGAUGAUGCAAAUAUGACCAUGGAUCAAGAUGAAGAGAAAACUGAAAAUGAAGAAGUAACUAGUGUAAAUCCUAAGAAAAUGAAGGAGAAUGAUGACGCAAAUCAGGAAGGUGCCAAACAACCGUCAUCAGAGGGAGAAAGGGUUGAAGCUGAGGCCAAGACGGAGAUGGAUGUGGAGGGAGACCUCGUAGACACCAUGACAGUGGAACGAGGUGCAGAGAGUUCAUUCCAUACCAAACUGGAUGAUGUGGCCGAGGUUCUGUCCACUCAGGCGGACAUAGAGAGCAUUCGCAGAGACCUGGAGGUCCAGCUUUCAACUUGGAGUCAGCCACCAGCCAAUGAAGAGGCAGCCCAAGCAUGGGAACGUCUCAGUUAUGUGACAGCUGACUUGUCACGUGAGCUGAGUGAACAGCUAAGACUUGUGUUGGAGCCGACACAUGCUUCCCGACUGAGGGGUGACUUCCGCACUGGUCGUAGGAUCAACAUGAGAAAGGUGAUUCCAUACAUAGCGAGUCAGUUCAGGAAGGACAAGAUAUGGCUACGACGCACCAAACCAGCCAAGCGAGAGUACCAGAUAGUGUUGGCUAUAGACGACUCCUCCAGCAUGGCUGACAACCACUCUAAAGAGUUGGCUUUUGAGUCCCUGGUCGUUGUCAGCAAGGCCCUGAACUUGCUUGAGGCGGGGCAGUUGGCUGUCCUCAGCUUUGGUGAUAAGCCUAGAGUGCUGCACCAACUCGGAGACACCUUCACAGAACACAGUGGCGCAAGAUUGCUGCAGCAAUUCUCCUUUGAGCAGCAGAAAACGCAGGUGGGUGCAAUGGUCAACUUUGCCUGCAGCCUGUUUGCGCGCAACCCACCACGCUCGGGAGUCUCGGAUGUGGCACAGCUACUGGUGAUUGUGUCUGACGGCCGCGGUGUACUCAACGACGGAGAAGAAGUUGUGCGGCAGGCUGUGCGCAGGGCCAAACACAUGGGAGUAUUCAUGGUGUUUGUCAUUGUAGACAACCCUCAGAGCAAGGACUCUAUUCUGGAUAUAAGACUGCCAAAAUUUAGUGGAGGCAAGCUGCUAGGGAUUGUCCCUUACAUGGACAGUUUCCCGUUCCCGUUCUACCUCAUCCUUCGAGACAUCAGCAGUCUUCCGUCGGUGCUGAGUGAUGCUCUCAGGCAGUGGUUCGAACUCAUUACUAACACUUCGUAGACUUAUGCACUCACAGUUCUUAAAUGUGUAUAUUAUGUUUUAAAGUUAAUCUAUUUUUAUACAUUGUUAUGUUUUAAUAAUGUAAAAUAGUUCUUUAAUUACGAAAUAUUUCUUUUAUGUACUAAAGGAUCCUUUAGUAACUAAUAGUGUAUAUUAUCUCUAAGAAUUUAAAAAAAAUGUUUAGUGACAAUAAAACUUUAUUAUGUUAGUUAAGGGAUUUAAUUGUAUACAUAAGGUAUUAUAAGAUUUUGUAUGUUAUUGUACAUAACUGUUAUGUAAAGUAAAUGUAUUUUAAUAAAAAUAUGUUUUACAAUA